GGCCAGUUCCCAUCCCCCCAGCAGCAUGGCAUCCUGUGCUGAGCCCUCCACCAUGGGCCCUGAGCCUGCUGCCCCACCGCCUGCUGGGGUCCCUCCGCUUGAGGACUUCGAAGUGCUAGACGGGGUGGAAGAUACAGAGGGCGAGGAGGAAGAAGAGGAGAACCUGAGUGAGCUGCGACCACUAGAAGACAUGGGACAGCCCCCGCUGGAGGAGACUGAAAACAGAGGGACCCUGGCCCGAGAGUUCCUGGCUGCCAUGGAGCCUGAGCCCGAGCCUGCUCCAGCCCCGGACGAGUGGCUGGACAUCCUGGGGAAUGGGCUGUUGAGGAAGAAGACGCUGGUCCCAGGCCCACCUGGCUCAAGUCGCCCAACCAAGGGCCAGGUGGUCACAGUGCAACUGCAGACGUCACUGGAGAACGGCACACGGGUGCAGGAGGAGCCAGAACUGGUGUUCACACUGGGUGACUGUGACGUCAUCCAGGGCACGAUGUCUACAGUGGACAUGACAUUUGAGGAGGAGGAGCAGCUUCUGCAGCUGAAGGUGAAGUGUCUGAACAACCUGGCAGCCUCGCAGCUGAAGCUAGACCACUACCGGGCCGCGCUGCGUUCCUGUAGCCUCGUGCUUGAGCACCAGCCUGACAACAUCAAGGCGCUCUUCCGCAAGGGCAAGGUGCUGGCCCAGCAAGGGGAGUACAGCGAGGCCAUACCCAUCCUGAGGGCAGCCCUGAAGCUGGAACCUUCCAACAAGACGAUCCACGCGGAGCUCUCGAAGCUAGUGAAAAAGCACGCGGCCCAGCGGAGCACAGAGACCGCCCUGUACCGGAAAAUGCUGGGCAACCCCAGCCGGCUGCCUGCUAAGUGUCCUGGCAAGGGUGCCUGGUCCAUCCCAUGGAAGUGGCUGUUUGGAGCAACUGCUGUUGCCCUGGGGGGCGUGGCUCUCUCUGUGGUCAUCGCUGCCAGGAACUGACUGCCAGGUGGCUGCUACCCCUUCUGAACACCGUGGACCCCACCCCGCGCUCCCUAACUCUCCCAGGCUCCCUGUCCACUACCCUUUCUGGCCUAGCCCCCUCCUCUGGGGCAGGGACAGUGAGGUUUGAGGGUUGCAUGGCCCAGUGAGCAGGAGGGACUGAGGCCCUACAGGAGGAAAUGAGGCAGGGCCCAGGCCCCAUGUCCAGCCGGGAAGGAGGGGGCCCUUAUUCCUCCAGACCCAAUUCCUAUCCUCCCACUCCCCCCUGGGUUAGGUCUCAACAGGGGCCUGCCUCAGUUUCUCCUUCCCAAGGCCUCAGGGCAGCCCUUUCCCCAUCCAGUUCCUGUACAAUUGCCAGCCCCUCCUGCCUAGCCUGCUGCCCUCUAUCUAGGCUCCACCCAACCCCCCAAGUGAAAUAAAGCCUCCCAUCCUGCA